AACCGUGCCGCGGCUGCAGUUCAACACAGAGCUCGACCCGGUGUCUACUCAGCUUAGCAUUUUUUGUUAUCUGAUGAUGGAACAAUAUCUGAAAAUGACAUUCACUGUCGGAUAAACCGUCUAGACGGAUACAACGCACACAACCCAGGUGGGAAUCCUCCAGUGCCGUCCGUUAGGAGUGUAGACGGACCUGUCAUGGGUGUCCCGGUGUCUCUGUGCAGGUAAACGUUAGCAGGCAGCCGGGCUAGCCGCUCUGCUAGUCACGCAGCAGGAAGCUAGCUUAGCAUCAGCCCCUGCUAACUAACGAACUCACUAACUAACAAGUUGUGUUGGACAAAACUGUUGCCGGAGACGACAGCCCAGCAUGGAUAUGUUUUACACCGCUAAUUAUAAACUGUCCUUGUGAACGAACAUAAACUGUCCUUUUUACGGUCCUCAAGGAUAAAGUAGCGGCUGGUGCUGCAAGGUUGAUUGACAGCUUGUCAUAACGGAUUUUCCAGAUGUGCACUCGGCACCAAAAGUGCAACUAGGCACCAAAAGUGCAACUAGGCUUCUUAGUUAGCUAGCCUCAGCCGCAGGACUGGCUACUGACCAGGAAUGGCUGGCUGGCUGGAACAAACUCAUCUUGAGUGGACUCAUAACUCAACAAACUGCAUCAUCGAGAGAUGAAGUUCAUCUUGGCAGCGAGGUGUCACUGAAGUCGACCGCAGCCGCGCUGACACGUUGCUAGCCUGCUAACUGGCUGACGUUAUCGAGAGGACACACAACACAACACGGGCUGUCAACCGGGGCAAAGCCACCCAACACACACAAGGAGUAUAUUUACAUGUCAGUCAGUAAGGGAUGAAGAGGACAGAACAUACAAACAAGAGAAAACUCUGUAACAUGGAGCACCAGGAGAGCCGGGGAGCAGGGAAAGAUGUGAAGGAGUUUGUACCUCCUCCUCCUCUCCUCUUAAGGAAGAUGAGUAACCCCGACCUUUCCCCCGCAGCCACCGCUGCCACCAAAUCCAAACUGCACCGCCAGCUGAGCCAGGACGAGAGCUGGGGCCGACGCAGCAGCUUGGCCAUGACCGGUAAGCAGCUGCUGCCUCUGUCCAGCAGUCUGCACGCCGGGGUCAGUCACAUGGCCUGGCAGGGGCCCUCAGGAGCAUUUAUAGGGCACGGGGCCACCGGGGGACCGUCUGCAGGAGAUGGGAACAACCUGGUCCGCAUGAGGAGCCAAAGCCUGGGACAGUCUGCUCCGUCACUCACCGGACUGAAGGAGCUGAGCCUUCCCAGAAGAGGCAGUUUAAUCUGGUCGCCAGCUCAGCUGCGUUGCCACGGCAACAGCAGCCUCCUCCAGCACCUGCUGUCCCCCACUUCCUUUCAUCCCUCCGUCGUUCAGCUCCCCGUCGUCACCCUCUCCCCCCUGUCCUCCUCCUCCCCCUCCCUCUGUUCCUCUGACGGCCCUCUGUCGGCCCCUGUUCACCAGCGAGGAAACCCCUUCCUCUGGAGCUGUCGGACGAGCAACAGGAAGAGCCUUAUUGUGACAUCCAGCACCUCGCCGACGCUGCCACGACCACACUCCCCUCUGCAUGGACACACAGGUACAAGCCCGCUGGACAGUCCUCGCAACUUCUCCCCGAACACGGCCGGACACUUCUCCUUUGUUCCUGCACGAAGUCACGGACACAGGGCUGACAGGACGGAUGGCAGACGCUGGUCUCUGGCCUCGCUGCCUUCCUCUGGCUAUGGCACCAACACACCCAGCUCCACUGUCUCGUCCUCCUGUUCAUCUCAGGAGAAGCUGCACCAGCUGCCCUUCCAGCCCACUCAGGACGAGCUGCACUUCCUCACCAAACACUUCAGCUCCGAGAGCAUCACGGACGAGGAGGGGCGCCGCUCCCCAAACAUGAGACCGCGCUCCCGCAGCCUCAGCCCCGGGCGUUCACCUAUCUCCUUCGACCAUGAGAUCGUGAUGAUGAACCAUGUGUACAAGGAGAGGUUUCCCAAGGCGACGGCUCAAAUGGAGGAGCGUCUGGCUGAGCUGCUCUUCUCCUCGACCCCCGAUAAGGUCUGCCCGCUGGCCGACGGGGUCCUGAGCUUCAUCCACCAUCAGCUGAUAGAGCUGUCCAGAGACUGCCUGGAGAAAAGCAGAGAGGGCCUCAUCACCUCCCGGUACUUCUACGAGCUACAGGAAAACCUGGAGAAGCUGCUGCAAGACGCUCACGAGCGCUCAGAGAGUGUGGAGGUUACCUUUGUCACGCAACUGGUCAGGAAGCUGAUGAUCAUCAUCGCCCGACCUGCGCGUCUGCUGGAGUGCCUGGAGUUUGAUCCUGAGGAGUUCUACCACUUGUUGGAGGCAGCAGAGGGCCAUGCUAAAGAGGGCCAGGGCAUCAAGACGGACAUCCCCCGCUACAUCAUCAGCCAGCUGGGCCUCACCAGGGACCCCCUGGAGGAAAUGGCCCAGCUGAGCAGCUAUGACAGCGGGAACCCAGAAACCCCAGAGACUGAUGAGUCAGUGGAUGGUCAAAGCACCACCGUCCCGCCAGCUCCUCCUAAGACCAAACCCCCCCGAGAGGAAGACUUUGAAAACAUCAAGCUCAUCAGCAACGGAGCCUACGGCACUGUGUUUCUGGUGCGUCACAAGGAGACCCGGCAGCGUUUCGCCAUGAAGAAGAUCAACAAGCAGAACCUGAUCCUGAGGAACCAGAUCCAACAGGCCUUCGUGGAGCGAGACAUCCUGACGUUUGCUGAGAACCCCUUUGUGGUUUCCAUGUUCUGCUCCUUCGAGACCAGAAGACACCUCUGCAUGGUGAUGGAGUACGUGGAGGGUGGAGACUGCGCCACGCUGCUGAAGAGUAUCGGAGCCCUGCCGGUGGACAUGGCUCGGAUGUACUUUGCAGAGACCGUCCUCGCAUUAGAGUAUCUUCACAACUAUGGCAUCGUACACAGAGACCUCAAACCUGACAAUCUUCUCAUCACGUCCAUGGGACACAUUAAGCUGACAGACUUCGGUCUCUCAAAGAUCGGUUUGAUGAGUUUGACUACAAACAUGUAUGAAGGACACAUAGAGAAAGACACCAGAGAGUUCCUUGAUAAACAGGUGUGUGGCACUCCAGAGUACAUCGCCCCAGAGGUGAUUCUGCGUCAGGGCUACGGCAAGCCGGUGGACUGGUGGGCCAUGGGAGUCAUCCUGUAUGAGUUCCUGGUGGGCUGCGCUCCCUUCUUUGGAGACACACCAGAGGAGCUGUUUGGUCAGGUCAUCAGUGACGAGAUCAUCUGGCCGGAGGAUGACGAAGCUCUACCUUUCGAGGCUCAGGACCUCAUCUGCAAACUGCUGAGACAAAAUCCUUUGGAGAGACUGGGCACAGGAAGUGCCUUUGAGGUGAAGCAGCACCAGUUCUUCACAGAGCUGGACUGGAACAGCCUGCUGAGGCAAAAGGCAGAGUUCAUCCCCCAGCUGGAGUCUGAGGACGACACCAGCUACUUUGACACUCGCUCUGACCGGUACCACCAUGUAGAUUCAGAGGAUGAAGACGACACCAAUGAUGAAGAACCCGUGGAGAUUCGACAGUUCUCAUCCUGCUCACCUCGUUUCAGCAAGGUGUACAGCAGCAUGGAGCGUCUGUCCCUGCACGAGGAGAGGAGGACCCCCCCACCCACCAAACGCAGCCUCAGUGAGGAGGGAGGAGACCGUAUGGACAGCCUGAGCGGACUCAAGUCCAGAGAUCGAUCCUGGCUGGUGGGAUCUCCAGAGAUCCUGCGGAAGCGUCUCUCUGUCUCGGAGUCGUCCCACACAGAAAGCGACUCCAGCCCCCCGCUGACCGUCCGGAGACGCUGCUGCUCCGCCAUCAUCGAGAUGCCUCGCUUCGCCAUCUCCUCAGAGGAAGAGGGAGGUCAAGCUGGAAGCCGCAAGAGCCCCAGCCUGUUGGGUCUGAGUUCUUUGAGGGGCCCCCGGAGCGAGGAGCUGCCCCUCGCCAUCCCAGAGCUCCCAGUGGAGCGAGAGCUGAAGCUGGAAGAGUCUCCCACCUCCGCCUCCAGUCAGCUCAGCAAGGCCACGCUCACACCGGGUAGUUCAGGCGACGUGUUUGAUCGUGGUCACAGACGUACCGUCAGUAACGGCGGACCCACUAAAGCUGUGACAGACAGCGACUCUCCGUCCACUCCCAGAGCCAUCAGCGACCUGGCGGCGCGCAGGGCUCGCCACCGGCUGCUGUCGGGGGACACGCCCACAUCCAGCUCCAGACCGCUCAACAAGGUCAUCAAGUCAGCCUCUGCCACCACGCUGUCACUGAUGAUCCCUGCAGACCACCACGGAGCCUCUCCAUUGGCCAGCCCAAUGUCGCCCCACUCGCUGUCAUCCAACCCCUCGUCACGUGAUUCUUCCCCGAGCCGGGACCUGUCCCCGGCCGUGAUCAACCCCAAGCCGGCCAUCGUGAUCCAAAAAGUGGGCAAGAAGUACGGCUUCACCCUGAGGGCCAUCCGGGUGUACAUGGGAGACUCCGACAUCUACACCGUGCACCACAUGGUCUGGCAUGUGGAGGAGGGGGGUCCGGCCCACGAUGCAGGGCUGAGGGAGGGAGACCUCAUCACCCAGGUCAAUGGAGAGGCGGUUCACGGUCUGGUUCACACAGAGGUGGUGGAGCUCAUACUGAAGAGCGGUCCUAAAGUGUCCAUUGCUGCCACCCCGUUUGAGAACACGUCCAUAAAGGUCGGCCCUGCUCGAAAGACGGGUCAAAGGUCCAAGAUGGCGAGACGUAACAAGAAGACAAAGACCAAGGAGGGACAGGACAGUGCCAGCAAGAAGAGGACGUCUCUGUUCAGGAAGAUCACCAAGCAGGCAUCUCUGCUGCACACCAGCCGCAGUCUGUCCUCUCUGAACCGCUCCCUGUCCUCAGGGGAGAGCGGCCCCGGCUCGCCCACACACAACCUGUCCCCACGGAGCCCCACACAGGGCUACAGGUCCACGCCAGACUCCGCCCACUCAGUUGGGGGGAACUCCUCUCAGAGCAGCUCCCCCAGCUCCAGCGUCCCUAACUCCCCCGCGAGCUCCGGCCACAUCAGGCCCAGCUCUCUGCACGGCCUCGCCCCCAAACUCCAGCGGCAGUACCGUUCCCCCAGACGCAAGUCAGCCGGCAACAUCCCCCUCUCCCCUCUGGCCCGCACGCCCUCACCCACCCCUCAGAGCAGCUCGCCCCAGCGCUCCCCCUCCCCUCUGCCCUGCCACGCUCUGGCCCAGUCUACGGUGGGUCAGUCGUUCCCCGUGAAGCUCCACUCCUCCCCUCCCCUAGUGAGGCAGAUAUCCAGGCCUAAGAGCGCAGAGCCUCCACGCUCUCCACUCCUCAAGAGGGUGCAGUCAGCUGAGAAGCUCGCCUCCUCCCUCGCUAACUCCCCCUCCUCUCCCUCUGGCGUGACAGCGGGGGGAGCGUCUGUAACGAGCCGGAAACACAGUCUGGACAUCUCACACUCAGAGUUUAAGAAAGAGAUUCUGCAGAGGGAACCCAGCCUAACGAGCCUACAGGAGUCAGCCAGCGAGGGUCUGCUGUCCUCUGCCGGACGCGGCGUGGAGAAGGGCAGCCUGCAGAAACACUCCUCCUCAUCCAGGAAGUUAGGGCGCCAGGAAGGGGACAGUUCCCUCAGCUCGGUGUCCGGCUCGCUGGGCCUGGCUCCCGGAAAGAGCAAGCUGAAGGACAAACUGUCCGCCAUCCGGCAGGACAGAGCCGAGAGGAGAGAAUCACUGCAGAAGCAAGACGCCAUCCACGAGGUCGACUCCUCAGAGGACGAGACGGACGAAGGCUCGGAGGACAGCCAGGACGGACGCAGGGGAACAACCUUUACCCCCCCUCCCCUGCUGAGGCCCACCACUGUGAGAACCGGGCCUGGAGGCACCCUGCCGUCCCUCUGCCUCUCACCCUGCACCCCUCAUGCCACAUUCUCCCACACGGGGCCCUCACAGGUAGGCAGGCCGACUCCUUUGCACACACUACCCUCCGUUUCAGAGACGAAGCCUGGACAGUUCGCCUCCCCUCUGGGAGUAAAGGACCCGAGGUCUGUCUCAUCUGCAGAAGACAGCGUGAGACAAGAGAGGAAGGUUUUUGAGCCAAGUACAAAACCCAUUCAGUGCCCCCUUCCCUUCUCCACCCCAGGCAGUGCAUUCAUCUCAGUCAACAAGGACACUUUCCUCAAGCCUGCUCCUCCAUCGGACUUAAAGAGUCCCAUGCUGAAGGCUGCACCAUCUGAUCCCAAAUCAGAGGAGCAAACCCUGGUCAGCACCAGGACCGCAGUCCCCUCUACCACAACCGUCACAAAUACUACCAACUCCCGAAGCACCACAGACUCCAGAGACUCCAGAGACUCCAGACCCACCACCAUCAGUACAACAGACAGUUUAACCACCGACAGCCAAGAGACCCGCCCCUCCUGCUCCUCUCCUGGUAUCCCCAAAGAAAAGAAGGAGGCUGACAACCGGAGACUUUGUGCUGCGGCUGCUGCAAGUCUGAGUGUGUCGCCCUCGUCCACUUCUGGCUCCAGCUCCUCUGCCAACUCCCCAGUCCCGCCCCCUGAGAGUACUGUGGACAAAGUUGUGUCCCAGCUGGCAACAUUAGCUAAGAGUGUUCUAGGUCCUGUCAAACUGAACACCACUGCUGACAAGAGCCAGAAAGACCAGAUACCAUCCAGAGGUGGCACCCCAGAAGUCCCACCGUCUAGCCCCUUCUCAUUUCCAUCCAAAGGGCUACCAACCCCUCAGUCUCCCAACCUUUCAGGGUCCCAAUCCAGACAAAAGACUGAGCCAGCUGCCCCCUUGACCACCUCGCAGACCAAACCUUUAACCCAGAAAGACUUUGCAGCCCUGCCGUCUUUGUCAUGCAAGGAAGUCCCAGAAAGGCCCGCAUCAGGGUCUGAGGGUAGGGAGACCGCUGCUAUGUGUCCAUCUGCACAGAGGCUGGGCGCAGCAGCCGCUCUGCCGUUCCCAAACACAGCAUCCUCUGCAGCAGCUGAGCCACAGCAGAAGAGGUCCGAGCCCCAGGCGGCCACUGCCAACGCCACCAACGCCGUGUCCGCCUCCUCACAACAAGACAAAGCAAUCUGCAAGAAGACGUAGCAGCAGGAACCAAAAUAGCAGAUCACACAGCUCAGUGCUGGUUUGAGGUUUUAGAACUCACACAAUCUGCAUGUUUUGGAAGAAAAACAUAUUAGUAACUUCUCAUUCAUCUGAGAGGUUGACUUUCAAAGUAAAAGAAAGGCGUAGAGAGGGUUGAGGAGCAGAGAUAGAUGCAGCAGUCCUAGUUUCAUUCCAGUGCUCUCGGUGUUCAUGUGAGUUAUUUUGGUGUCCUGUGCUCUUUGGUUUCUGCUUUCAGACUGAAUGGCAAUAGGAGUUGGCAGGUUUUUUUUCUCUUUCUGCAAACAUGUACGGGGCUAGAAAUAAAAAGAUCAGUGGUCCAUGCACUUACAAUUUAAAACGUUGACACAUCACACACACCUUCCUCGCUCUCGAUCUCCUUGUGCUGCCUCAUUACUUUUCACCUUGAUGUUUGGCAGAGUCUUCACGCAUGUUCUACAUACAGAUCAGGACGUGCCUUACAGAACACACACUUGUUCCCCUCUUCCCUUCCCUCCUUGCCUGACAAUGUCUACCCAGGCGACACUUGAAAAAGAUUGUAUCUCAGCAAUAAAGUGCAGCGUAUGUUUAGCAAUCUGUGUAAAUGCAUUACAGCGUUUUUAAUAGGACUUAAUCUGCACCGUCAAUGUACACUCAGCACCCAGAUAGGCCAAAUCAAAUUCCACUCUAGAUGUAGUCCCUCAGGCUCAGCACUGCAGGCCUGCGGCAGGGAGGUAUAUCCCCUGAGCACGGACUCCAGGCGUGGUUAUAGGAUUGGAUUCUUGGGAAUGUCAGGGCUUGUGUCUGUGCUGAAUGACCAAGUGUACACUAAGGCCCAUGAAUUAGAUUGAAUCUACAGCCUAUUCCUAAACCGUAGCACUCUCCUCACUCAUCACCCAGCUUCAUGUUUAAUGUCUGGAUUGAUCGAAGUUUUCCUAGAUGUUUCAGUUCUUUAUCCAAGGUCUAGCCAUUCAUCCCUAAGAGCUAGAACAGAUUACAUUCCUUCCAAAUUGAAAGCCUCCACUGCAUAGAAAUGAUAAACAUUGUUCCUUUAGUUCAACAUGUGACUACUAGCUAAAAUGCUAUAGCGUUGUGAUUCAAAUAUUACAUCUGGUUCCAUGUUGGAAAAUACCCAGACAUGACAUGAGCUCUGACAUUGAAGAAACUCUUCUUUAGGGUUUACUCCUAGCUAGCUAGCGUAGCUAACCAUCACUUUCAUGUGUUGCUAGUGCCAGAUAAAAAAGCAUGCUAGCUCUAGUUAAUCAUUUUAGAUUUCCCAAAAGAUUAGCGCUUUGAUAAACUAUUAGAAAACCCUCAUAUUUGACAAGCUAAUUACUGAAAUAAAUAUCCUUUUAAAACCCAAGCCUAGCAUAUUAGCAUUAGCACACUUGCCCUCGCUUUAGUUCUUCUCUAUAUACCACGUUAGCAGGCUUAUCAAAUGUGUUUUAACUCUGCACUUCAGAUUUAGAUUGCCCUUUACACGUGUUUUAGUUCCAAACACACGCAUAGCCAAGGACUUGAACACUGAUUUAUUGGUUUUAUCGACACUCCGAAACUGAGCUUGCUUAGAUUGACUGAGGUUAUUUUAGAAAACAUGUUUCGGUUGGACCACCGCCUUUUUAUUUCUCGCCCCAUCAGCCUCUGAAGGCUGCGGUAGUUGUAUUUGGUAUCUGGACCAACUUGCUGUGUUUUUUGCCUAUAAUCCUGUAAAGUCAUCAGACUUGACUUUGUAUAUGUGUGUGAGAGGGAGAGAGCUUUGUUAAUUUGUGCAUGGUAAUCUGUGUGUGUAUGUUUAUAUAUACAGAUACACAUGUGUAUAAGAAUAUUUAAAGUUCUGUUUGCAUCUGUUUUAUACGCUGAGUGUGUGUCUGCGUGCGUGUGUCUUAGGAUCACACCCUGCUACCUGUGUAUGUGGCCGAGCCCUCUACGUGUCGGGCGUCAGGCUUUGCACAAAACUUUUAUCUCAUUUGUCAAACGAAAGGCAAAGAAUCACUAAAAGGAAAGCCGAAGGAGAUUUGUGUCCGCUCACUGUUGUGUGUUGGGUUGGAGCUCAGUACUGCUAUCGCUAAAACUAAAAUGCAGUAAGCCUGUUAAAAACCAUUUCUCGGAUAUAUUAUCUUUCAUUUAGUCCGUUGUGAUCCCGUUCCUGAUUCCUACUGUUCAUUUGAAGGCAAGAUGUUUUAUUUCUUUUUGGUUUAUUUGACAGUUUUAAAGAAUUCCCAUUUCAUUGAAUGCCCACCGAGCCCAACCCCUGGUGUGAGCCCAACCCCUGGUGUGAGCCCAACCCCUGGUGUGAGCCCAACCCCUGGUGUGAGCCCAACCCCUGGUGUGAGUCCACUUGUGUUGUACAUUUGAACGUUUUCUGAAAAGCAGGAUGUUCCUGUGAGUUAAAGAUGAACUGAACCUCCCUCAGUGUUUUGUGUCACUGUCGGGAGAGAAAGCAGAGCUCACUGAUUUCAGUUGAACUAGACUAGAGCUUUGAAGGUUGAAAAGACUCUGUUAGAGUGACAUCAACACUGACUGUGGCAAUCUCUGUAAUAUGUUUACAUGUUCUUGUUUUUGUAUCUCAAUGUGUUUUUGUUUUUUUUGUGUCAAUGGAACUUGUUGCCUGUAGCAAUCAAUCUCCUCUGACAGGCUAGGAUAAUUACCAAUGACGUGUUUAGGUGACUCCUGACCUGUGAAUAUGUGGUGUGAAUAUGUAGCUGUGUGAUGAAGAGGUCACCUGUGAUGGAGGGUGUGUAGAAAGGAGAGGAUUCAGCGCACACAUGUCAAAAUCAUCUCCGCUCUCGUGCAUGUCGCACCUCUUGUCUCAUGGCGGCGCAGAAUGGAGUUAACAGGUGCGUCUGUAGAAAUGAUCAGCAUGUAGGCUCGUGGGAGAGGAAGCAAACUGUUUGACUUGGUAACAUCUCAAGGUGUAUCUGCAGUUCACUCCGGCCAAUAAGACGAGACGUUGAGACUAAUCAUUUCAAAAACUGCUUCUGUCCGUUUGGGGCGUCGGAUAUGAAAAGUCCUGUUGAUUAACCGACCACAUUGGAUGUUAUUCACACACAACACGAGCUUCUUGCCUCUUAGCGUGGUUUCACCAGGACAAUUAGAAGACUAUUUCAGAGACAAAAGAGGACAAAGUGGAACAACAUUUAAACACAUUUGUAGAAUCAGUCUGCAGGUUGUAAUUGAGAGCGAGCACGGACAGAUUAAUAAGCACUGACUGAAGUUUUAGAGCAUGCAAAGACAUAAACACAAGUUUUUCAGUAGCUUUGUGCAAGUAACAAGUCUGGCUGUAAAUAAUUGGCCGGUUUGGGUAUGUACCUGGUACGAGCUUGUUCAAAAUCAAAGGUCAUUCGGAAUAUGAUACUUUGUGCUUUGUUGCACAAAUUCUAAGACUGGUGGCACCCAAGAUCAGGCUGUUAUACUUGAAUCUGAAACUAAAACUAGAGCUGCAAUAUUAUCAGCAGAACUUGAUAUGUCCGGGAUUACAAGUAAAGUCUAUACAGAAAUGCCAAAGAUAUGAUAAAGGUCCUUUAGAAACUGUGUCUACACUACGUAGUUUAGUUUAGUGACCCUUACCAAAUCGAAACAAAUAUUGACCAUCAUAUUUCAAUCAGAUCCAUUUUGUUGUCCAUCCGGUGCCUCGAUAAAACCACAAUAAAUCAGCUUGUUGCUUCAUGAUUUGUCCCUGUGUGCUCUUGAAUCCUGACCAAUUAAAACAGCCGGAUUCAUUCAAACCUGAAAUUCGACUCUUGAUCAAUAAUUUUGUCCCUCAAUAAUCUUUCAGUAUGAGUUUUUGUCGGUGCUUUAAUCUCCACAGGCUGUCAGAGUUUCAGUUUUACAUUCUGAUGAAACACCGCCGUCCACUUCAUCUGCAGAUAAUUGGAACCUGAGUGUGUUUGCGUGUAAUCACACACACUCCAGUCCAUCUGCUCGCAGCUGGUCGUCCUAUUAGUGCUACACAGACAGCUGCCUCACACACACACACACACACACACGCACAGAUCAAUACUUGUGCCAUCUAAUACAGCGGUGCCAGUUUACCAUCUCCUCUAACAGUAUAAACACACACACACACAUACAUACUUACCCCACAAACACACCUUCUCCCGAGUGUAAAGAUGAUGGUCUGGCCAUCUGCUGGAGACUGAAGCAAGUGUCAGGUUCCCUGGUGGAGUCAUUAAUCUCCAGCCCUGAGCCUGUUGACACACACACACACACACACGCUGGCCAACUAAAACACUUCCCAGCAUCCCUCAGGCUCGGUCCGGUCAGUUCAGCAGUUAGCAGUUUGUUCGGCCUGCAGCCUGUGUGGACCCAUCAUGCACCUCUGCUGCUCUGCGGCUGAGGCCCACAAACCAGACACUGAGCUUCGUAAGUUCAUUUAACGGCCUAGGGGUCAAAUUGAAUCUGUAAUCAGUGUGAAAGUCGGGAAUUGAGAGCAUGCGCCUGGACAUAUCUUGUGGUAUUAUUGACAGCAAUUAAUUUCCAUACAUAUUUGUGAAUCCUGUUGAAACAGCUGCAGGAAGCUUUCAAAUGGAAAGAUAAAACGUGUGUGCAUUCUCUUACAUUUAUUACAGUUUUGAAACAACAGAUUUAAAAAAAAUGUCCUGCCUGCUUGCAGAUAUCAAACCAUGAAUUACAGACGUUUUGUCACUAAGGAGCUUCCGUAAAUCUCUCAAUCUGAGCGUGUAAAAUAACCAGCUCUGUCUGUGAGGCACAUAGAGGAUUCCAACAAGAGGCUUUGGUUAUGACAAGGUAUGAGGUGAAGCUACACACACACACACACACACACACACACACACACACAUGUUCAGAACCACGUUACAGGAGAUGCAGUGAUGUUUCAGUGUGCCGUCUGUUGAGCUCCUAUCUGCCUCUGAGGGGUCGUGUGUGAGAAACGUUGACAGACUUGACUCUUGCCGAUAAGGGCAGGAUUUCCAAGCUGUGUGUUUUUGUGUUUUGUCUUUAAAGAGUAACGAAGAGGAGAAGAAAGAUUCAUCUGUGCACCGUUAAAGCUUGAGAAAGACAUGAAGAGAGAAAAAAAACAUUGCUAGAGUAAAACCAGUGCAAUAUCUUUUAAUUUUUUAUUGUGGUAAAAGCAUGUUGUUGUCAAUCUUACCUUACAACAAUAAUAAAGGUUUUUUUUAUGUACGUCUUGA